AUGGGUGAUCGACAAUUAGUUGACCAACAGCACACAGAUGAUUCACAACUGCCAUCUUCUCCUCCAUCAAACGAUGAUAUGGUUUCGUGCGUUAUGGCUUUGGAGGCUGCUUUGCUUCCCUGUUUGCCUGCGAGAGAACUUCAAGCAAUAGACCGGUCUCCCCACCCUUCACAUCAAAUUGAUGUCGAUAGAUAUGCAAGAGACUUUAUGGAGGCUGCAAAGAAACUUCAGCUUUAUUUUAUCAGCCUGCAACGUGAGGAUAAGCCAACAAAAGUUGAAAUGCUUAGAAAGGAGAUCGCUCUGAUGGAAGAGGAACUUAGCAUAAAAGAUGAGCUGAUAAAAAAACAAGAAAAUUUAAUUCAGGAAUGGAAAAAGGAGUUGAAAGUUCAGUUAGAAAAACACAAGACUGAGUUGGAUAGGGUUUAA